AGCAGCUCCCUGCUGUGCCCCAGGGGCUGUGUGCCGGGGCAGGGGCUCAGCACUCAGCACUCAGCCUGCCUGGGGAGCUGCCCAGGGCGCUGGGGGGAGACAUGUGGGGGAAGGAGCCCCCCGGCAGGGCAGGGGGCUUCUGCUGCCACAGCUGCUGCCUGGGGCAGGGGAUUCAUGGCUCCAUAGCAAAGCAGAAACUUCAAGAUGACUUUCUAUCAGUACAGGAAAAGUGGAGCUUGUGUUUCAGUGCUUUUAGAUUCCUCAUAAAGGGAAGGAAGGAGAACUUAGGAUACAGCACUGAGAAUCCUGAAUCGUUACACUGGGAGAUAAUCAAACCUGCCAGGAACCUCAUAAGUUCCCCAUGCCACUCCUCUGCCUGCACGCAGCAACGAAAUCCUUUUUGUUGGCCACAUCAGGGUUUGCGUGGCCUGCUGCUUAGUACCUGCAGGCAGGGAGAUGCUCAUGGAUGCUGCCUUGCUGCCAGGAGGGGUCUGCAGGGCACAGCUGAGUGCACAGGGGCUGGGAUGGGCUCUGUGGCUGAUAAGAAAUAGCUACAGCAAGGGAGAGCUCCAGGGUGCAGAUACAGGGACAGAAACAGACAGGGAACUUGUCGCAGAAAGGCUCUGCAGGGUGGGUUUGGGCUGCCCUCCAUCUGUCCCUCCAGUGCAGAUGUCUUCCUGUGAGCAAAGCACCUGUGCUCCCCUCCCAACCAGCACAGCCUCUGCCUUCUCAGCCCUGGGGCCAGGCCAUGAGCUGCUCCUCUGCAGCCACAGCUCUGUAGAACAGAGUUGCUCUGGACAUGGGCUCCUUUUGCUGAGAGAUCCAAGAGGCUGUGAGUUACACUCUGAGACUUUGCUAUCUGAGGGGUGGUAAGGAAAAGGCUUUCUGGAGUGCUGGCUGUCUCUUCACUCCUUGCUUCCGUCAGCAGGAGGAUCACAGUAUUUUUUUCCUCCUUUUUCCAUUUCUGUGUAAUGCUACUCUUCUCUCUCUGGCACUUCUGCAACAGCUCCUGUCUCCUUUGAGCAUUUCAAGCUCUGCGCAGUGCAGUUGUUUCAGUUUCAGGAGUGAGCUCCCACCCCCCGGGAGACAUCAUCUCGAGGCUACCACAGUGGAGGUGCCCUGGAAAGCUGCCCCAAGCUCCAAGAUGGGCAAAGCUCCUUUGUGCCCUUUCUCCAGCCCUGAGAAUCAGAAGCCUCACCAUGUCGCUUUCCUCCUUUUCCCCAGAGCGGAGCUGAAGGAGAGAGAAGUUGACAAUGACUUUCUGCACAGCCCGGACAUUCUGCCUCUGAGCAGCAACUUGUGUUUAUGCUGAGAAGAAAGAAAAGCCCGAAGAAUUUUUCCAUUUCCUAAAUUUUAUGGGCUAAUCGAAAUCCCAAAGAGGCACAUAAGUAGUUGAUUAGGUUACCUCUUGUCAUCUGAAGAGCAAGGUGAGAAGUUUACUUUCAUCUGUGUGCUUACUACCAUGCUGUUUAAAUUUCAUUACUCAUUUGGUACCAGGAGAUGUACUAUAUUCGAAUAUUUGGAAUUGGUGUGAAAUCAGGCUGUGCUCUAGAAAAUAAGGCCAUAUGCAGAGGAUUUAAUCGAUUCUGCAGUCAUGAGCCACGUUCCCAUGCCCAGCAUGGGAGCAUGAGAUCUCUGGUUCUGAUAGUAGGGACAAAUCGCUGGAGGAGGGCAAAGGAUGAAGAGAUUAAUCCCUCCUUCUUCUCAUACACAGGCAGAUGGACAAUGCACCAAUUUCAUCUCUCAUUUUGAUCAACAGUGACUGUCCCCACAGAAACAGUGGACAGAAUCUGACUCGUUCAACUGCAGAAAACAUCCCUCCUCAAAUGCAGGAAAGUCUGGUAGAAACCUUAAUUUGUCCUUGACUUACAGCAAAGCUGACUCCUCUAAAGGCAGGCCUGGCACCUCCUUUUCUUACCAUUCCUGGAUAGGUCUCUACACCCAGAAGUAAAAAUGUCCAACAUCACUGAGUUCCUCCUCCUGGCAUUGGCAGACACGCGGCAGCUGCAGCUCCUGCACUUCUGGCUCUUGCUGGGCAUCUACCUGGCUGCCCUCCUGGGCAACGGCCUCAUCAGCACAGCCGUAGCCUGCGACCCCCGCCUGCACACCCCCAUGUACUUCUUCCUCCUCAACCUCGCCCUCCUCGACCUGGGCUGCAUCUCCACCACUGUCCCCAAAGCCAUGGCCAAUGCCCUCUGGGACACCAGGGUCAUUUCCUAUGCAGGAUGUGCUGCACAGCUCUUUUUCUUUCUGGUUUUAUUUUCAGCAGAGUAUUCCAUCCUCACCAUCAUGUCCUAUGACCGCUACGUUGCCAUCUGCAAGCCCCUGCACUACGAGACCUUGAUGGACAGCAGAGCUUGUGCCAGCAUGGCAGCAGCUGCCUGGGGCACUGGGCUUCUCCAUGCUCUGCUGCACACUGCCACUAUAUUUUCACUGCCUCUCUGCCACGGCAAUGCUGUGGAUCAGUUCUUCUGUGAAAUCCCCCAUCUCCUCAAGCUCUCCUGCUCAUACUUCUAUCUUAGGGAAAUUGGGCUUAUUGUGCUUAGUGUCUGUUUAGGCUUUGGAUGUUUUAUCUUCAUUAUAAUUUCCUACGUACAGAUUUUUAGGGCCGUGCUGAGGAUGCCCUCUGAGCAGGGGCGACACAAAGCCUUCUCCACCUGCCUCCCUCACCUGGCUGUGCUCUCCAUUUUUCUCAGCACUGAUUUUUUGGCCUACCUGAAGCCCCCUUCCCUCUUCCCUUCAUCCCUGGACAUGGUGAUAUCAUUUCUGUACUCAGUGUUGUCCCCAGCAGUGAAUCCCCUCAUCUACAGCAUGAGGAACCAGGAGCUCAAGGAUGCAGUGAGGAAAAUGCUGAGGACAUGGACACUUUUUAGCAACAAUAAACUUCUCAUCUCUCUAUACUAAUGACUCACAGUC